AUGUCCUGCCUAACAAUUGUUGCUGCCACCCACGUUACAAAUGGUGUUACCUCCGUUGAGUGCCACAAGCAAGUCCGUUCAUGGCGGAUUUUGUGCUCCCUUAUGGAACUCCUUAUUCCAACCUGCAACCGCACCUUCAACCACGGUACCAUCUUCGGUUACCGUAGGGGAAAACUCAGCUUCUGUAUCCAAGCAAAUUCCAAGUCCAUCAACCCAUUUCUCCUCCUAGAGUUUGCAGUUCCUACAGCUGUUUUGGCUCGAGAAAUGCAGGGUGGUAUCCUCCGAAUUGCGCUGGACUGCACCGUUUCAGGGAAUUUUUCGAGCUCGGAUUCAGUAUUGUCGAUGCCAUUGUGGAAUAUGUACUGUAAUGGAAGGAAAGUUGGGUACGCAGUUAAACGCAGGCCAUCGAAAGCUGAUAUUGAUGCUUUUAGGCUCAUGAGUUCAGUCGUUGUUGGUGCUGGAAUGAUUCGUGGAAAAGAGCUUGAUAAUGAUGAUGAACUUAUGUACCUGUGGUCUAACUUUGAACGAGCUCGUGGUUCAUCUCAUACUGAAUCGUUCCGUUUGAUUGAUCCCGAUGGGAACAUCGGUCAAGAGCUUAGUAUUUCCUUUUACCGGUCAAGGUGA